UUCCGUCAAUGUUUCGUGGGGUGAAAGCAGAAAUCGCCGAGACAACGAAGGAUCCGCAUCGCAAGAAGAGGUGUUUGUGGCGGCGAUCCUCCUUUGCACCAUCCACGGCAGCAGAAUGCCUUUCUUGGGCCAAGACUGGAGGUCACCGGGAUGGGUCUGGGCAAAGACUGGACAUGGCUGGAAGAGGAUUGUACUUGCAGAGGACAAAAACGAGAUAGACUUGAAAGAGCUCUGCGAUGAAAGCAACAGCAAUCUCUUUGUCAAAGAAGUUUGUGAGCUCAGCACUGAGAAGCAGAAGAAGGACUUUUACAACAAUAACACCAGAUCCCAGUUCGUUUUCAGGGAUAAGUGGAUCUACGUGCAGAGGGAUAGCACAAAAGAGCGACAUGGUUACUGCACACUCGGCGAAGCCCUUAACCGCUUAGAUUUUUCCUGUGCUGUUAAUGACUUGAAGAGAUUCAACUAUGUGGCAAAACUUUUUCAGCUAAUAGCUAAGUCGGAGCUGACCUCUUUGAGUGGAGCUGCCCAGAAGAACUACUUCAACAUACUGGAGAAAAUUGUACACAAGGUCCUGGAGGACCACUACAAUCCACGCCUAAUCAAAGACCUGCUGCGGGACCUUGGUUCAACACUGUAUUGCCUGACCAAGAACGUGGGCAACUCCCUAUUGGUGGGCACAGUCAACAUCUGGGUGUGCCGACUGGAGACCAUCCUCAACUGGCAACAGCAGCUCAACAACCUGCAGAUCCCCAAGCAAAUGUCCAUGGGGUUAACCCUCAGUGACCUGCCGAUUCAGAUGCAGAACAAGAUCCUCUACAAGUUCUCUGACCCCUGUGACAUUAUUAACCUGGGGCAGGCGACAUCCACUCUGUACAUGCUCAGUGAGGACUCGCAGCUGUGGAAAAAGCUUUGCCAUUUUCACUUUUCAGACAGCCAGCGCUCUAAUAACUUGGUCAUGACGGAGUCUGACAACGUGGACUGGAAGCUGAUGUAUUUCAACUUGCAGAAGCACUACCCAAAGAGGGAGCAGUAUGGAGACACACUGCACUACUGCAAACACUGCCACAUCCUUUUCUGGAAGGACCACCACCUGGCGAUAUUAUUCAAGGACGGUGGCCACCCAUGCUCGGCCAAUGAUCCGGACAACUGCCUCGUACCCGUGUCCCCCCAGCACUUUAUCAACCUCUUCAAGUUUUAACCGUCCCCAUUGUACUUGAGGAAAAAAAACUGGUUUACCCUCUUCUGAGUGAAGUGUGUGUGUGUGUGUGUGUGUGUGUGUGUGUGUGUGUGUGUGUGUGUGUGUGUGUGUGUGUGUGUGUGUGUGUGUGUUGGGGGUUGGUUGGUGUCUGUCACCCAGUUACAAAGGGCUCAAACUGAAAGAACGACUUCUACAUAAUGCUGUCUGUUCCUUCCGCACAAACAUUUGUUUGUCUCAGUGACAGAUAAAAUCGGCAACUCAUGACAGGGGAAAGAAAAAAAGUGGACUAUGAUAGAUUGGUAGAAUUUCUGUGAUGGGGUAAGAUGUAUAAAUAAAUUACUUUUUUUUUUUUUGCAAUUUCUUUCUUCCCUGUGCACAGUUGUUUUGCUUUCAUGACAAAAAAAAUCUACAGACAAGAGGUAAGCAGACAGACAAAAGUAAAGAAAAAUAAAAAUAUUAUGUUGGGGGGGGUUUUAGAAUACUAAUGAUGGGGUAGGUGUGAGGUCUUGUUGAAUGUUGGGGAAAAGUGAGCAUUGAUGUCUUGGGAGAAAAAAAUAUUUAUUGGGUGGGGGUGAUGGGGUAUUUAUUACUUUGGGGCGAUUGAGGAUAUUUUGCUUUCCAUUGUUCUGUUUCGGUGAUGUUUUUUUGAGGUAAAUGAGUGCAUGUCAAAUAUAGUUGUGAGUCUGUGUUUACAUCCAUCAUCCUUUGUGAGGUCUUCCUGGGCUGCGCAUUCAUUUUAGGCACUGAGACGAAAAGAUAAUGUCACAAAGUUGUGUUUGCUUUACAUUUUUUAUGAUACGAGUAUGUCAGAAUUGUCAAGCAAAAAAAGAAAGAGUAAAAUGUUAUUUAUGGGGAAAAUAUUUUGUAUCCUUUCUUAAAAUUUUGUAAUAUUCCUUUUCCAUUCCACUACUCUCGAUGGUACUGUCGUGACUUUAAUGGGACAGGAACUAGCUGUGUGAUUAAUAAAUAGUCCUCUCAAUGUUUCCUUGCCUUGUUAUUGCAUUUGGGGGAUUAUCUGACCUUGAUUAUUAUCGUAUGAGACCUCUUCUGACUUGGACAGUGGCAUUCAUAUUUUACUGACAAAGUGUGAUGUUGCUUCGACUAAUGUGUUACACUAUUGACAUAACAAAGGAUGGGUGACAAGUUACAGGAC